AUGCACCAAGUUCACGAAUCGAUUGGUGAUCUCCAAAGUUUGGUGUGCUUGAACUUGGGAGACGGUCAUUCUCUAAAGAAAAUACCUGAUAGCAUCUGUCGGCUAAGUUCUUUGGAGAAGCUCGUCCUGAGGGGGUGUUGGUCACUAGGGGAACUCCCAAAAGAGAUUGGAAGGUUGACAUCUUUAAAGUUGCUCCAAUUAGGCCGAGGGUAUAUGCAAAGACUUCCAGAGUCUGUUGGCCGGUUGACAAACCUGCAGGAGAUGGAAGUCAUCUUUUGCACGGACUUGAAGACCAUCCCAGACAUUUCAAAGUUGCAAGCCCUGCGACGUUUACGCCUGAGCGGAUGCUUCCAGCUGAUGGAUGUUCCUGGCCUUAGCAAACUGAGAUGCCUAGAGUCCCUGCUACUCAACGGCUGUGAAGCACUAAGGCACAUGAGUGACAUGAUGAAGUUCUCAUCAUUUGGAGGCGGAUUGGAGCUUGGAAGUGCCAUUACUACUGAGAAUAGUGGCGCAACGCAGGAUUUCGUAGGACUCCAGAGCUCAACUAGUCCAUCCUUGGGGGCUCGGAUUCUUCUCAGGCUUGGGGCGUCCCAUCCUGUAGCUGUUGUCGUGAUCUGGACCAAUUUUGAGGAUUUUUGGGUGUCUCCUUGA